AUGCUCUCUAAUUUUUGUGAACCGUUUAGUGAAUGCACAGGAGCAAAGUCUGUGCACGUGUCAACAAGAGGCAGCUACAGGAAGCGGCUCCGUCAUCUGCUUCCUUUCCUGUCCUGUAUUCUCUGGCGCCAAAAUUCAAACACUAUUCGUGCUCGCAAAAUGUACUCACUGUCACAGGAGCUCCUCCGAGACUACCAUGAAAAUGAAGAAGAAGAAGAAGAAGAAGCUUCGAAUUCCGUAGUGUCUCCAACAACGUGCUCAGAGGGCCACAGAUCCACUCUCUUACUUCGAACCAAGCAAGGCGGCUCCAUCUGCUUGCUCUGCUUCUCCAACCUCAUCUCCAACCGUCCACGUGUCCUACGCCCUCUCUCAGCUCUCUCAGGCCAUCUCCUCCGACCCCCCCUUCCUCCGCUAUAUCCUCGCCUUCCACCCUCACUUCCUCGUCUCGCCUCUCGUUCAUGCUCUCUCUUCCUUCGACGACGACCCCAUCGCACGACAUCUCAUUUCCGCUCUCUGCGAAUCAGCCGCUGCCUCGCUCUCUGCUGA